AUGAUACUGAUAAUUUUGAUACCGUUCGUAGUUCCCGGUAAUAAUUUGUUGCCAGAAGAGCGAGUAGCCUAUAUUGUCGAGAAAAUCUUGGAUUCUCGAAAAGUGAAUGGCAAACGGGAAUAUCUAAUCCUGUGGCAAGAUUACGGGAUUGAGGAAGCUACCUGGGAAAGCGAUGAACAUUGUGAUUGCCCCGAUGCGAUCGCUGCUUUUCAUAAGGAAAAAAAGGCUGCUAAGGCGAAGAAAUUACUCAGAGAUGGUUCAAUUCUCAGCAAACAUGCCUCGAAACAGCAGACGGAAAAGAUGCCAAGUGAUAAGAGUAAAUCUACUCGAACUACUGGGCACAUAAAAGUUCCUCUAGUCAAGCAUGGUAAAACGAAGAAGUAUUUGAUUGAGCGCGGAAGAAAGAUUGAGGCGAUACUCGGAGUGAAUAAGGAUGGCGAUGAUCUCAUGUAUAUGGUGCGGUACAAAGGUUCUGAACCACAACAUCACAGAUCUGAGUUUGUGCCGUCGUCGGUUUUGCGACGUGUUGCUUUAAAGGAUUUUGUUAAUUCGCUCGAGGAAUUCGCCAUGGUGAAUGGUCCUUUCAUGCAAAUGUGA